UAUGGAACUCCUCAAUCACUGCACCGCAUCAUACACAAAAAAGCUAACAAUGAACCGCCGUCCCCCCGAUUCCGAAAGGCCGUCUCUACGGAUGACCACAAAAAAUGCGAUCAUGAUUGGCAGCUGCAUGCUCCUGGCGUUUUUACAACUAAAGUUUGCACCACCAUCGCCCUUCUUGUCGGACCCGGAGCAGACCCUUCCACUCCCCCUGACCUCGUCGAUGAUGUUUGAGCAAUACGAGAAUGGUGGUCUAUACAAAACCCACUUCGAGGCACCUUACACCGAGUAUCCGUGCCAGCCCCGAAAGAUCCAUCUCAGCCCCUCGAGCGACGUCGACCCUGGAUCCAACGUGUUCAAUGCAACAGUCAGUUUCAACCUCGAUGCGAAAGGAGUGGUCCAACACAGUGACGUUGUGACCACCGUAGAGUAUGGGCUUGGAAACAACACCGAGGGCAAGAUCGUGAUUCGUUACGACAAUUUGAAUAAUAACACAAUUACGGACGACUUUACCAUUCUUCGAUUCAAUUAUACCAACCCCGAAACAGGGGAAUUCUAUCAAAGCGACCUUAUCCACCAUGUUCUGUUGAAGGAUUUGAAGGCCGGAAGAGAGCGGUAUUGGUACCACAUCAAGGUCGAGCUCGUCGAGCAGCGGCUGUUCUCGGAAUCGGCGAUGAUUCAGCCCUCGGUCCAUUCGAUCCUACUUUCGCAAACCAAUCCCAACAACAAUGCCCCGCUGCGGGGGAGUCCUUUGAGAGAUUUAGAACGGUAUGGACAUGCCACGAGGUCUACGAAUAGGAUGGAGGAACAACCGCAAAGCAAAACAAGUGGAGGUGAUGCAGCUGCAACCGUGGUAGUGGGAGAGACACCCGUCUACGAGUUCACUACCCCACCUCUCUACGGCCAGCCCACAUCCAUUGCUCUCGUGGGAGAUUUGGGGCAAACCAAGAACUCGACGCGGACGAUGGCUCGGAUUCUCGAUGCGGCGAAAGGGGUGGACCACGAUGAUCUCAGUUCCGACGAACCGCAAGGUGUCGGGUUGGUGACCAACCUCUUCAUCGCAGGAGACCUCUCGUACUCCGACGGUGAUCCACAUCGUUGGGACUCCUGGCUCGACCUCGCUGAGCCCCUCCUGAGGGAGGUCCCCUUUGCAUCCAUACCAGGGAACCACGAGAUCGAAUGCAACAAGGUCACACGCGAAACAUUUGUCCCGUACGAGUCAUACUUUCGGAAUCCGAACCGAAUCGAGAAGCCCAUCAUGAUCCCACCGUCGGAGGAUUACAUCAAUCACAAUUAUUGCACUACACCCAGUGAGUUCCUUGAGGGGCACUACGAUUACGGAAACGCCUACUAUUCCUACAAGCAGGGGCUGGUCCACGCCAUCUUUUUGAAUUCCUAUACCUCGCUGAUGGAGGGAUCCCGCCAGCGCAAGUGGCUUGUCGAAACCGCGCUUCCGUCGGUCGAUCGAAGCCUGACCCCCUGGCUGGUCGUGGUAUUCCACACACCCCUGUAUACCACUUUUUUGAAUCAUUUCAACGAGCUCAAUCCCACCGUCAUGAAGGAAUCCGGCCUGCGGGAGGUUUUUCAGAACCACAAGGUCAACCUGGUGCUGUCGGGCCACGACCACGCCUACCUCCGUACAAAGCCGCUGAUGCCAGACGGGAGCGUGGCAGCCGAUGGAAAAGUCGCUCCUGUCUUUUGGACCCUCGGUGCAGGGGGAAACCGAGAGGGCCACGCGACCUACAUCAAUCCGUUCUGGCAGGAAAAAUGGGUCGCCAAGCGGAACAACGACGAGUUUGGGUUCGGUCUGUUUUUCGCCCCGAACCGGACCCAUGCCCACUUGCGAUGGAUGCGGGACGACGACAACGGACCUACCGAUGGUGCUGCUUCUACGAAAUCUAUGGUAGUGAGGGAUAGCGUGUGGAUCGAGAAUUAUUCGUUGGAGUGACCACCAACUAACAACGACAGUGACGAGACGACGACCAACAAACAGAAAGCCGAAAU